AUGUGGUCGUCGUGGAGCCGGCGGAAGCCAGCCGCCGGGCGGCUCACGCAUUCCCCGUCGUUAUCCUCGUCUGCCACGUCGCCGUCCAAAGAGCACAGCGGCAUCGGCUCCGUCCUUGACGAUGCGGCGGCACCCCCCGCCGGCGGAGGCAAGAUCGUCCUGCACCGCGUGCGGUCGUCGACCAAGCUACGGACGUGCAAGUCGUUCGCGGCGGCCGAGGAGGCAGCGGCGGCCGCGGUGGCGGCCGAGCGGCGUGUCGUGCUCUACUUCACCUCCCUACGAGCCGUGCGGCCCACGUUCGAGGCCUGCCGCGACGUGCGCGCCAUCCUGCGCGGCCUCCGUGUCGGCGUCGACGAGCGGGACGUGUCCAUGGACGCGGCGUUCCUCACCGAGCUCCGCGCGCUGAUGCGGCGGGACCAACCGCCGCUGCCGCAGCUAUUCGUCGCCGGACGGCUCGUCGGAGACGCGGAUGACGUGCGCGCGCUGCACGAGAGCGGGGAGCUCCGGCGCGUCGUGGCCGGGGCGCCGCAACUUCCACCCACGCCGUGCGCGUCCUGCGGCGGCUCGCGGUUCGCCCCCUGCGUCGCGUGCGGCGGCAGCCAUCGCUGGUUCAGCGAGAAGACUAGGGGGUUCCGUGUCUGCGCAGCGUGCAACGAGAACGGCCUCGUGCGGUGCACCGCAUGCUCCCGCGGCUGA